AUUUGAUCUAAAUCUUCUCAACGAACGCCGCAUCUGCUCUUUACUAAAGCUACAGAAAUAUUUUUUCACCCCAGCUUUAAAAAGCUGUUAACGCCGUCACUUGCUUUACAACCUAGAUUACCGUAAUUGACGAGUUCGUCAGCCCAUACGCGAAACGUGGCCCUGCAAGUUGACAGGUUUUUUAACUCUGGACAAAAUACCCAAGAUAAAAAAAUCCGAUAAAAUUCAAAAAACAGAACCAUCUGAGCGUUAAACGACGAUAGUCUAAUUAUUAAAAGAAAUUAACCGACAUAAAUGCUCGAACAUCGGUACACUGCGCCAAAUAAAUGCUACGCGCUACUUCAGCGGAAGAACUAAACUUGGAGGAUAUGCAUGUCUACAUGCAUUUAGUACGCUGAUUUCUUGUCCGGACCGUCGAUCGACUCGGCUGCAGUUCAACUAAAGGCUGCGUAGCGAAGAUUGAAGGAGUUUUAGUGGUUUUGUUGAAAAUUUUGAAGGAUCCGAAGUCUGAAAUUGGUUGAAUUUGUGCAGAAACGAGGGUUUUUUUUAAGUGGCUUUUGUAGUACAUCCAUGGAGCUUGCUGCAGCAGUGUUCGCUUUGCCUAUAAGCGUGAUUUUUCUUUUGUCUGGUCUGAUCGUUAACUUUUUUCAGGCAAUUCUUUUUCUUAUUGUACUGCCAUUCUCAAGGAACUUAUAUCGGAGGGCUAAUAUAAUCAUGAUGGAUUUAUUAUGGUCAGAGCUUGUAUGGUUGGUUACUUGGUGGGCAGGUGUUAAGAUUCGUGUGUAUACAGAUGCUGAUACAUGGAAGCUCAUGGGAAAAGAACAUGCCCUCUUGGUUUGCAAUCAUCGCAGUGACAUAGAUUGGCUUGUAGGCUGGGUUCUAGCUCAGCACUUUGGUUGCCUUGGGAGUGCACGGGCUAUUAUGAAAAAGUCAUCAAAGUUUCUUCCAGUGGUGGGAUGGUCAAUGUGGUUUUCAGAGUACGUGUUCCUGGAGAGGAACUGGUCUAGGGAUGAAGCUACAUUGAAGUCAGGCUUCCAAAGGUUGAAGGAUUUUCCUCGACCUUUCUGGUUGGGCCUCUUUGUAGAGGGGACAAGAUUUACCACAGCCAAGCUACUUGCAGCCCAAGAGUAUGCAACGUCUACAGGGCUUCCAGUGCCACGCAAUUUGCUCAUCCCUCGCACAAAGGGUUUUGUUUCAGCUGUUGGGAAUUUACGGUCAUUUGUUCCAGCCAUUUAUGAUAUCACUGUUGCAAUACCUAAGGAAGAACCAUCUCCCACAAUGUUGCGCCUUUUGAAGGGUCAGCCUUCUGUGAUGCACGUGCAUAUUAAGCGGCAGGUGAUGGAUGAUUUGCCCAGAACAGAUGAGGGAGUUGCUCAAUGGUGUAGAGAUGCAUUUGUUUCUAAGGAUGACCUGUUAGAUAAACACAAGCUUGCUAAUACGUUUGGAGAGGAGCUGUACCAGCCAAUGCAACGGCGAGCCAAGCCUCUCAUGGUUAUUAUAGGAUGGUCUUCGAUUUUGGUAAUUAUGGCAUCAAAACUUCUGAGGCCUCAUUUGGCUACUCGGAAAGGUGUUGCUUUGUUACUUGGGGGGAUUGCUAUGGUUACACUCUCGAUGCAUAUUCUUAUAGUUUUCUCUCAAUCAGAGCGUUCAACUCCAGCAAAAGUUGCUCCCGGAGGCAAGCAUACAAAUGGCAGAAAUGGUACAUAAGAUUCUGAUAAGGAAAUAGAUUCUGAAGGUUUUUUGUUUCUCAAAGCAUUGCUCUACUUCUAUAGGUCCCAGUUCAUGUGAAUGUAAUAUGUUUAGGACAGGAAGGCACUAGUAAAAUCUAAUAUGAAAGAACUUGGUAGGGCCAGGGGCAUGCACGUUAAAGGAUUUGAAGCUGUAAACUUGUAAAGUCAUUUGUUAUAAUAAUGCUUGUCAAAUCUGCAUUAUUGAUUCAGAAAACUUUUUUGGUUGAUGGCAACAUGCAGCUACUAAUGUAUCUAUAUAGAAUUUUUAUUUAACCAGUUAGAAAGGAGCGUUGGGAAUUCACACGUUCAUAAUUGUAACUUGUGUUAAUAUUUUCUUUGGGCUCAACAAACCCUGUAACCAGACGUUAUCUUGCA